CUGACAUCAUCUCGCCUCAAAUUGCUUUCAAGGUUUUUUUGUGCUUCGAUCGUACCUUGAAGGGUUUCAGCUCCAGAUCUACUUAUAUCAUCCAAACCUACCACUCCUACCUACCAUGCCAAAAUAGUCAACACAUCGUCCUCCUAGCCUGAUUCGACAGCCACAAUACCUAAUACAGCACAACGAACCAACGCAGCAUUGUCUCAGCAACACUACCCCCAGCAAACACAUCUUUCAACAGGGCCUUUAUUCAACAGUACCACACUUUACACAUCCAAACCGUCACAAUGCCAAACUCCACAACCUCCAUCUCCCUCUCCCCCCAACAACCACCACCUCAAACAACCCAAAACCAACCCAACGGGCACAACCCCCUCUCCCACAUCUCCUUCGGCGUCCGCUCCUACACCACGUCCAAAACCUUCUACACCGCCGUCCUCCAGCCCCUAGGCCUGCACCUCGUCUUCGACAGCGAAUCCGAUCCUACCACAUCCAAAAAGAAAAACAACCACAUCCGCACCCUAGGUUACGGCCCAAACAAAGAAGACAACGAGCUAAUCAACCUCUUCGAAGUCGGCCAAGAGGCAACGCAGCCUCCGGGGCCGGGAUUCCAUCUGGCGCUGAACGCGCCGACGAGGCUGGCGGUGGUGGAGUUCCAUGCUGCGGCUGUGCAGAAUGGGGGGCUGGAUAAUGGAUUGCCGGGGGUGAGGGGGGAGUAUGGGGAGAAUUACUUUGCGGCUUUUGUGGUGGAUCCGGAUGGGCACAGGUUGGAGGUUGUUUGUAAGAGGAGGAUUGCUGCGGAUUAUUCCGACGGGGACGAAACGCCGGGAGCGGCAAAAACUGAGACAGCGCCGGAGACGAGGUAGGGGCGGUAUCCGAUUUUGCGUCAUUAUCGAUGCCGACGGAUGCUUCGUUAUCCUGCAGUGGGCACAUGCAUGCAGCUGGGAAAGCGCGCGCGCCUCACUCAACCGCUAGACUAGACCUUCCCCCUUCCUGUCUGUCCCCUAGGUCCAUAGAGGUAGAAACCAUGGAAUCCAUCCUCAUUGCGACCAUCCCAACAUCGCGUCCGUGCCUCAUCAUCCAAAAAUCAACCACCCUCCCACCACCACCGUCACCAUCACCACCUGCCACCCCAUCCACCCCAUCGGCUUCACCCUCCCUCCCC